AUGAUUGCGUUACAAAAUCGGCCUAUCUUGCCGCCCGCCAAAGUGGAUAUCUCACUGCUACUCAAGCCCCAAGAUGAGGAAGAGGCCGCCUUAGGCAACCCUGCUCCCCUCUACAUCCCUAGAACUUUGCCAGGGCCUCCUCUUGGUACCGCUUCCUUCCUGACUGGCCCGACACCAGUGUCAGUACCACCACCUUUGACUAAGACAGGUCCAACUGGGGCAACAAAACGUCUGCAACCCGCCCAUACCGCAGAAUCGCCUGCUAAGAAACAGUCCAAGUGGUCGCCUGAAGAAGAUGCUUUGAUCAUCGAACUGCGGGGCAGUGGAAUGAAAUGGGAGGAUAUCAGCAAACGGUUGCCAGGUCGCAGUGCGAUCAGCUGCCGUCUUCACUAUCAAAACUACCUAGAGCGACGCAGCGAGUGGGACGAAGACAAGAAAAACAAACUGGCUCGUUUAUAUGAAAGAUUCAAGGCAGAGAUGUGGUCCAAAGUUGCAGAAGAAAUGGCCAUUCCUUGGCGCGCCGCUGAAGCUAUGCAUUGGCAGCUUGGAGAGCAGGAAAUGGCCCGCCGCGCAGGCGUGGUGCCAUUCUCUUUAUCAAGCCAUGCAAUUGAUCCUCCAACAACCAGAACUCGUCGAGCCAGCACAUCUCUAACUCGACCACGAAAGAUGUCUACCUCCCGAGCCAUUCCAGGCCACCUCCCAGGCCUUGCUCCUCAACUUCCAUCCCUCGAAGAAUUGACAGCGGGAGUCCCCGCAUACGCACCCGCACCCCCAGCUCCUCUACCACCACCGAGAGAGUACUAUGGAGUUGGACGACCCGACAUGGGCAUUCCCCCACCUGGGAUGAUGGGCCCUCACAUGGGAAUGCCCCCACGAACUCUGCCCUAA